UUAAAUGGGAAAGGAUAGGGAUAGGAAGCACGCGGGUCACUAGACCCAAAUUGUAGUGACUGUUUAAAACAUUCCGACUAGAAAAAGUUUUCCUGGUUUAAAACUAUUAUUUAUAUAUUAUAUAUAUUACAGACAAAACCAACUCAACUCAACUUAUGUAAUCUGUUAAUAAAUUUAUGUAGAUAAUGUAUAUAAAAUGGUGCAGAGCUGGUGGUGGUGGUGGUGGCGGCGGUGGUGGAGAUAUUGAGUUAAUGGUCAUGGUGGCGGGCUGAGCAAGUUUGUAUCUUUGUUAAGAGAGUGUGUUGUUUUUUGGGAAAAAAGGGUGAGUUUGUGAAUGUGAAGUUGAGAGCUUUGAGGGAGAAAGUUGCGUCUUUGAAAGGUUGGCCGAAUACUAUAGCAAACAGUUUGCUGUUAUACAUUUGUGCAGAUUGAAUUGAAGUACUGGUCAUAUAGUCUGGACAGUGGACUGAUCUUUUAUGACAAUGCAAAACUUGUGUGAGAAAAAUUCUGGUGCAAGUUCUACCCUUGCAACAAUGCUUUAUGAUGUGACUUGUCCUUCGUGGGAUAGCUCAACUGAGUCAUGUGCUAAACAAUCAUCUAUCUCAAAAAGCUUUAGCUUGAAACUGGGAGUUCCUCUGGUGCAUAUUCUGAAGUCUGAGCAGUUGAAUUUUCAACCUCAAGACCAGGAUUCAUCAUCUACUCAAUCAACUGGUCAAUCCUGCCCUAAAGAGGCUAGUGUGAAGGAUAGCAAUACUAAUGGGCAAACAAUAGUAUCAGCAGCAUCAGGAGUUGAUGGAAGUCAUGAGAAACCCGUGGGAGAAUUUUCCACAUCAAUGGGAUCUCAGGAUUUUGUCUUCGCUCCUUCACAUGUUGACUAUAACAAUGCGAUUGCUCCUGUUCAACUUCAUUCUGCUGAACCAUACUUUGGUGGCUUAUUUGCUCCUAUUUAUGGGCCACAGGCUAUGCAGAUUCAUCCUCCUCAAACGGUGGGAAUGGCACCAGCUCGAGUGCCACUGCCUUUGGAUAUUAGCGAAGAUGAGCCCAUUUAUGUCAAUGCUAAACAGUAUCAAGCUAUUCUCAGGAGGAGGAAGCUUCGUGCUAAGCUUGAAGCUCAAAACCGACUCAUCAAAAGUCGCAAGCCAUAUCUUCAUGAGUCUCGUCAUAGGCAUGCACUCAAUCGAGCUAGAGGAUCUGGUGGGCGCUUUCUGAACACAAAGAAGCUCCAAGGAUCUAUGCCAACAAGUGACGGUGUCGAUAUGUUUGGCUCUGCUGAGUUACUCAUGACUGCUAAUUCGGCAGAAUCUGGAGUUCAUCCUGGAACCUAUAGAGAAGCUGCUUCCACUACAGCCUUGUCUGAAAUCACAAGUGCCUCCAGUGGCGAAGACAUCUUCCAGCAGGCAGAAUUCAGGUUCUCUGGCUACCCCUCACACACACUGCAAGGUUGCUCAGCUGAUAUGAAUGACAGUGGGCGCCUGCAGCGCCUCCUGUCUUCUGUUGAGUAGUGAGGCGAGCAGUGACCCGUCUCAGCAGUUAGGAUUGGGGAAAAAGCAGCUGGUGCUAUUCCAUUGGGAAGUCAUCCUUGGCUCUUUUAGUUACCCAUCUUAGCUUUGUGUUGGUUUUAGUGUUGAGGUUUUGUCAAAAUCCAAGGACAAUGGAGUUUCGUUUUGUUGUUGUUAUGAUCUGACUCUGGAAUUUAUGUUAAUUUGGUCUGGUAAUCCUUGUUUUCAUACAAGGUGAAGCAAUUUGGACAUGUUUAUGACUCUAGAAAGACCAUUUUUAUGGAUUAUAUUUCACUAAGAAAAGACAUUUAUAGUAUUGAUGAUUAUUAGCUUUGUUAUA